AUGGGAAGAAUGAUGAGCAUUAUAAAUAUACUAUUAUUCUAUUUGUUCCUUUGUGUAAAAAUAAGUAUUAGUCAACUAUUAAGCUCAACACAAUACGUAUGUGACUUUUAUUUUAAUCCUCUGACUAAUGUUAAACCAACUGUAGUUGAAUCAUCUGAAAUAUACGAAGAAAUUGGAUGUUCUAUAAACAACCCUACGUUGGGUGACCAUGUAGUAUUAAUAUGUCCUAAGAAAAAUGAUGGUGAUUUUAAUAAUAUAGAAAUAGUACCUACUAAUUGUUUUGAGUCUCAUUUAUAUUCUGCUUAUAAAAAUGAUUCAAGUGCAUAUCAUUUAAAAAAAUUAGAUAUAGAUAAAAAGUAUGCAAUAAGUUCAACGUUCAGUGAUUUCAAUCUAAAUAUUUUAGUUAUACCUAACGAAAAUAAAAGUCGUAAAACUAUAUAUUGUAGAUGUGAUAAUAGUAAAACGGAAAAAAGUAUCCCAGGACAAGAUAAAAUAUUAAAAGGAAAAUUAGGGUUAGUAAAAAUAAUUUUAAAUAACCAAUAUAAUAAUAUAAAAGAAUUAGAAAAAACAAAACAUAUUAUACAUAAUACAAAGGAUUCAUAUAAGUAUGAUAUAAAAUUAAAAGAAAAUGAUAUACUUAUGUUUUAUAUGAAAAAGGAAACUUCUGCAGAAUCUGGAAAUUGUGAGGAUAUAUUAAAUAUUAAAGUAAAUUCAUUAUCAAAUAAUAAAGUGGCUUUAAAAAUGCCUUCCAUAUUUCUAAAUAAUAUUAAUUGUAUGUUUUCAUCUCAGGAUGAAAAUAAUGAAAAAUAUUAUAUAAAUAUAAAAGCAGACAAAACCGAAAAUAUAGAUGGCUGUGAUUUUACGAAACCAAAAGGUGAAGGUAUAUAUAAAAAUGGAUUCAUAAUAAAUGAUGUACCAAAUGAAGAAGAACGUAUAUGUACUGUUUAUCUUUGGAAUAAAAAAAAUGAAACAAUCGCAGGUAUUAAAUGUCCAUAUAAAUUAAUACCACCGUAUUGUUUUAAACAUAUAUUAUAUCAAAAAGAAAUCGAUUCGAAAAAGACAUAUAAAACAUUUCUAUUAAGUGAUGUAUUAGAUAUACAUAAUAUAGAAUAUUAUGGAAAUAAUAAGGAAGGCAUUUAUAUGUUAGCAUUAACAACAAAACCAGAAAAAUCAAAUACAGUUAGAUGUAUUUGUGAACAAGGUGGAAAAAAAGCAGUAAUGGAUUUACAUAUCGCAUCUACAUCUGGAAAAUAUUUUAGUAUGUUUCUUACAAUUUUGCUUACUCUAAUUUUUUAUAUGUAUUUUAACAUAUGA